AUGCCUAGGCUGCCUUCCGGUGCUUUUCCUGAGGAAAAACCGAGUGCACCCGAGCCCAGCUCUGCCGGCUGCUGCAGUAAGCCCAAACCGCCCUCCGUUGCCUUGCCGCGAGAAAAACCCAACGAACCCAGCACUUACUCAGGCAGUCGCUGCAGUAGAUCCGCGUUUUCUGCAUGUGCCGUCGCCAAAGAAAAGCCUAGUGAUUUCAUAGAGGUCAUCCCGGGCACCGCUAUCCCUGACCUCGAAAAGGGUCUUCCGAGCAAGGAGCAUAUCAUUUUGAGCAUAUCUGGAAUGACCUGCGGACGCGAAGCCAAGCUUAAGCGGACUUUGGGCACACUACAAUCAGUCCAGAAUCUCAAAACCAGCUUGGUGCUCUCGCGGGCAGAAUUCGACCUCAAUGUCGGUAUUCAGUCACUCGAUGAAGUGAUUAGGUACUUGGAGAAAACUACCGAGUUCAGGUAUGAAAGGGUCACAGACCGAGGAUCGCAGCUGGACAUUGUCGUCCCUAAUGCCACCGAGUUUGUGAAGCAAGACUGGCCUCGUGGCGUGACCGAGAUGACUCUCAUUGAUGAGCGAACCGUGAAUGUCGCUUUUGAUGCAAAAAUAAUCGGAGCAAGAGACCUGCUGGAGCAUGGCUGGGGUAGACCCCUUGCUCUGGCUCCUCUUCGUUCUGACGCAGCACUUGCGGCUGGAAACAAGCAUGUGCGCCACAUGGGAUACAUGACUAUUCUGUCCAUUAUUCUGACAGUACCCGUCUUGGUCCUCGCUUGGGCUCCUCUUCCGGAGAGGGCAAUUGCCUAUGGCUCUGCAUCGUUGGCAUUGGCGACAAUUAUCCAGGUCGUCAUUGCCGACCCGUUCUACCCAAAGGCAUUAAAAGCGUUGGUCUUCUCCAGGAUCAUUGAGAUGGAUCUGCUCAUUGUACUGAGUACGAGCGGUGCCUAUAUCUUUUCUGUGGUCUCGUAUGGAUACCUUGUUGCGGAACAGCCACUGGCCACUGGUGAAUUCUUCGAGACUAGCACUUUGCUCGUCACGUUGAUCAUGGUUGGUCGGUAUGUCCCCGCACUCGCUCGUCAGAAAGCCGUCGAAUCCAUUUCACUCCGGUCACUACAGACGCAUACUGCUAUUCUCGUGGAUGAGUCUGGGGUCAAUGAAAAAGAGAUCGAUGUCCGGCUCCUUCAGUAUGGAGACAUCUUCAAGGUCAUUCCAGACUCGAGGAUCCCAACCGAUGGGACGGUUAUCGGAGGGUCAUCUGAGGUCAACGAGUCAAUGAUUACCGGGGAGUCAAUUCCUGUAGACAAGUCCCCUAGAUCUGCCAUUGUCGCAGGAUCUGUGAAUGGUUCUGGGACGCUGAUUGCCAAGUUGAUCCGUCUUCCUGCUGAUAACACGAUCUCCGUCAUUGCAG